AUGGCCAACGAUGCGGAGAACAACAAGCUAACAGCAACGGCCCCCGACACAAACCCCGCCACACCUGCCGACGCCGCCCCGACCAGUCCCGCAAAAGAGCCAUCAUCGGCUUCGAGCCCAACGGCAACCACCUUCCCACCGGCUCGGGACGAUGCGCCCGUGAGCACCGCCGCCGUUGUCACCAUUGCCGAGGCAGAGGAGCUCCAACCAGAUGACUCAGAUGAGGUUGACUCCGUUUUUGAUGACGGAGAUUCCGCCAUUGCCAGUCUUCACUCAUCCACCACUUCUCUUCGCGACGAAUUGAUCCUGCAGGUUAAGGAACAUGGCAGGCAAUACCAGGGUUACCUGGAAGCGAAAUAUGUCCUUCCAAUGGACGAGCAAGAGCUAGAGCGAUUGGACUUCCAAUGUCACUUGGUCUGGCUCACCCUGGACAAGCAGCACAGCACUGCCCCUAUUCAAAACAUUCAACGGGCCCUGGAUGUGGGAUGUGGCACAGGCAUCUGGGCGAUAGAGUUCGCUGAUGAGCAUCCCGAAGCAGAGGUGCUCGGCGUUGACCUUGCUCCGGUGCAGCCUCAGUGCGUCCCCCCAAACCUCAUCUUUGAAGUCGACGACCUCGAGCAACCGUGGAACUUCACCCAGCGCUUCGACUACAUCCACUGCCAGCUCAUGAUCGGCGCCUUCCAGGACUGGCCCAAAUUCUUCCGCCAGUCUCGCGAGUUCCUUGCCGGCCCCAACAGCUACACCGAGGUUCACGACAUCGACUUCUUCAUCCGCUGCGACGACGGCACCCUCCCUCCCGACUCACCCCUGGCGAAGUGGCACGAGCUGAUGCACGAUGCCGCCAACAAAGCUGGGUUUCCCCUGGACGCCAUCAACAGAGUGCCGGACAUGAUGGCCGAGGCAGGGUACGUGGACAUCGUGGCCAGGCAGGUCAAGUGGCCGAUCAACACAUGGCCUAGAGAUCCAAAGCACAAGGAGCUGGGGAAGUGGGCCCACGAGAAUUUCAGCUGGGGGUGUGAGAGCAUGAGCUUGGCUCUGUUUACCAGGGUGCUUAGAUGGUCGGCGGAUGAGGUGAGGAUCUUUAUGGCCUCGGUCAGAAAAGAUUUGAGGGAUAGGAGGUUGCACGCUUAUUGGAAUUUCUGGGUCGUGUACGGACGGAGGGGUUAGCGCUGUGUUUGCAGGCUGGAUUGUUGGAUGUCGAUGGUUGAACACCAUGGGGCUGGGACUGUCAAGUGAGCAUCAAAAAUUCCGGAGUGAAUUGCUGUUUUCAUUGUUCUAUACCACCUUGUACUUGUUUGGAGUUUCUGUGCUGGGAUUUGAGUGGUCAAUCUCUACCUACCGUAGAUACGGGUAGUGUACUGCUAGUAGAUCUUUUGAAUUGAGCGUGUAAUUGCUAUUGGAGAUUCUUGGUCACACAGCGUGUGAUGGGUAUGCAGGCAGAC